UAAAAGCAAUACUCUUCUGUAGUUAAAUAACAAUUAGUGAUGAUGGAUGCCAAUAAGGUGGAGAUCAUAUCCAAAGAAAUGAUCAAACCAUCACUCCCAACUCCUCCUCCCCUUAGAAUCCACAAAUUAUCACUUCUUGAUCAAAUCUCACCUCCAGUUUUCAUCCCUCUAAUUUUCUUCUACCAAAAUGAUCAACUUUUGUUUCAUGACAAGUUAGAGUCAUUAAAGCAAUCUCUAUCCCAUGCUUUAAUUCGAUUUUAUCCGUUGGCUGGAAGGCUUAAUAACAACAAAUAUUCCAUUGAUUGCAAUGAUGCUGGAGUCCAGUUUAUUGUAGCACAAGUUCAUGGUUAUAACCUCUCAGAGUUUAUACAAACUCCAAAAAUGGAACAACUAAGAGAAUUCCUCCCAAGUGUACACGAAAAUGACGAUGAUGAUGUCCUUCUAGCAGUCCAAGUUAAUUUAUUUGAAUGUGAUGAAGGGAUUGCAAUAGGUGUGUGCAUGUCACACAAAGUUGGUGAUGGCUCAUCCAUAGUAACAUUCAUCAAUUCAUGGGCAGCUAUUGCCCGAGGCCACGGAGGUGACGAGGAUAUCGUGCAACCUAAUUUUAACUUGGCAAGUACUCUUUUUCCUCCAAUAGAUUUGUCUAAUUCAAGUUUCAAACCAUCCAUAGGGAUGGUAAAAAAGGAAAAGAUUUUCACAACGAGGAGAUUUGUUUUCGAUAAGAAAAAACUUGAUGCACUUAAGAAAUCAGCUUCAUCGCGAUCACUAGUGAAGAAUCCAACACGUGUGGAAGCACUAUCGGCGUUUUUAUGGAAGGAGGCUUUGAAAUUGAACAAAGAUUGUAAUAAGAAGUUGUCUGCUGCCGUGCAUGCGGUGAAUAUAAGGUCGAGAAUGAAUAAUCCAAACAUAUCGGAUUACUUCUUUGGGAACUUAUGGACAGCUGCACUGGCAUUUUCAGAAAUUGGAGGAAGUAGUAGUAAUACUGAUGAUGAUUUGGUGUACAAGUUGAGAAAUGCAAUAAGAAAAAUUGAUAGUGAUUAUGUUAAGAUGUUACAAAACGGACAAGACUUUAUAAAACAUGUGGGUAAAUUAGUGGAGCUGUUUUCAAAGGGGGAAGUUGAGUUUUUUAAUUUUACAAGUUGGUGUAGGUUUCCUGUGUAUGCAGUGGAUUUUGGAUGGGGAAAGCCCGUAUGGGUAUGCACUACCACUUUCCCAUAUGAGAAUAUGAUCAUAUUUCUGACUACAAAAUGUGGGGAAGGAAUAGAAGCAUGGGUUAAUAUGCUCGAAGAUGAUGACGACUUUAUCGGAAAGAGUCUCUCUAUUAUUGUAAAGUAGGGCAAGAUUGUGUAUGCAUCACCUUUCUUAGACUUCACUUAUCACAAGUAUAUUAAUUGUUGUUGUUGUAGUUACUAUUGUGACAACCCUAAUUAAUUGUCACAAUAUCUUUUUCUAAUAAUUAAAAUAUUUUAGAUAUAAACUGUGUAAAAGAAUAAGGACACAGUAAAAGUGUGGAGUAUUAUUGUCUAUGCUUGUAAUUUUUCUAGUAGCUAGAAAUAAUAAAGUAUUUAGGGAAAAUUGUGAUUUUGGUCGAAGUGUUAUUGUUUAAUUCCAUUUUUGAUCUUUGUAUUA